AUGAAUUUGGAUGCACCUAGACUACAAUUUGUUCCUAAAGCAGAAAGAGAACGAUUAAGGGCGGAGCGAGAGCAGAAAUUAUCCGAAAAUAUCCUGAAAAGGGAGGAUGAAAUGGUUAAAAAAAGAAUAGAAUUUUUGCGAAUGGCUGAUAAGCGAUCAUCUCGUAAAAUUGAACAAUCUGUUCCUGCCAUUGAAACAAUUCCCAAUGGUUAUGAGAAGGAUGAAUUAAAUCAGAUUAGAGAUUAUUAUCUAGGCACGAAAAAGGAAGCUAAAAAGGUUUUGAAACCUUCCGAAAAAUUUCACACUGUAUUCCACUUUGAAUGGGAUGAGUCAGAUGAUACUACUAAAACAGAUGUCAAUCCUUUGUACAUGAAGAGACAUGAAUCGAAGUUGUUAUUGGAAAGAAGAUUCAGGGGAAGUGUUGAUAUUGUUGGACAAAAGGGAAGGUCAGAUUAUAAAGAUCUUGCUAAAUAUCGCAAUGAUGAUGAAUGUGAUGUGGAUUAUCAUAGCAGUUUUAAAAAGAAGAAGAGGAAUGCGGAUAAACAUUGGAGAGAGAAGUGUAGAGAUGAGAUGAAUGAUAGGGAUUGGAUGAUAUUUAGGGAGGAUUAUAGUAUUUGUGUAAAAGGAGGUAGAAUCCCUCCACCAAUGAGAUCUUGGGAUGAAUCCAAAUUACCUAAGGAAUUGUUAGAAGCUGUAAAGGUUGCUGGGUAUAAUAAACCAACUCCAAUACAAAUGCAAGCAAUUCCGAUUGCUUUAGAGAUGAGGGAUCUCAUUGGAAUCGCAGAAACAGGUUCCGGAAAAACAGCAGCAUUUGUACUUCCAAUGCUUGCUUAUGUAAAGUCAUUGCCCCUUCUAGAUGAUGAAACAGGGCAGGAUGGACCCUAUUCACUAGUUCUAGCUCCUUCAAGGGAACUUGCCAUACAAAUAUAUGAUGAGACUAGAAAAUUUGCAGCCUAUUGCGAAUGUAGAGCAAUUGUAAUAGUUGGAGGAAGAUCAGUAGAAUCUCAAGCUUUUGAACUUCGAAGGGGUACUGAAAUAAUUAUUGGCACCCCUGGAAGAAUUAAAGACUGUCUAGAUCGUGCAUAUAUUGUACUAAAUCAGUGCAAUUAUGUGAUAUUGGAUGAAGCAGAUAGGAUGGUAGAUAUGGGAUUCGAGGAAGUCGUCAAUGAUAUUCUAGAUAAAAUACCUUCGACAAAUCUUAAAGCAGAAGAUGAAGACACGGCAUAUGAACAAGAAUUGAUGUCCAAGGCUGGACAUAGAAGAUAUAGAAUAACACAAAUGUUUUCUGCAACAAUGUCAAUAGAUAGAUUGAUGAAGAAGUAUCUUCGUGCUCCGGCAUUUGUAUCUAUUGGGGAUGUUGGGGUUGGGAAGAAAAGUAUUGAACAAGUUUUGGAAUUCGUUACUGAAGGGAAGAAAAAAGUUAGAUUGGAUGCAUUACUAUCUACUACUAAAUCUCCUAUUAUGAUUUUUGUCAAUCAAAAGAAACAAGCAGAUGCACUAGCAAAGACUAUAUCUAACAUGAAUUAUAGUGCCAUAUCAUUACAUGGAGGUAAAUUACAGGAAAAUCGUGAAAUAGCCUUGGAAAGUUUCAAGGCUGGACGGGUUGAUAUUUUAGUUGCAACUGACGUUGCCGGUAGAGGCAUUGACGUGGAGGGUGUCAAUACUGUCAUCAACUACGAUAUGCCGAAAGAUAUAGAAUCGUAUAUCCAUCGUAUAGGCCGUACUGGUCGCGCAGGGAAAAAAGGAUUGGCGAUAUCUUUUGUUACUGAGGAUGACAGUCAUUUAUUUUACGAUCUGAAACAGCAGCUUAUAUCUUCUGGUAACGUCGUACCCAAUGAGUUGUCCCGACAUCCUGCGUCAAAGCAGAAGCAGAAUAAAGCGUUUUAG